UCUGCCACGACAUCACAGUCACCGGCACCAUGGAAGAGCAACCGCAGAGCCUCCGCGCUCUCUUUGGAGAUGCCGAAUCGAAGAGAAAGGAGCUUGAGAACUCCUACGACUCAAAUAGCGCUACCUUCCAGAGAAAUCUCAUGUCCGCCAUCGCCACAUAUGAAGAGUGCUUGAAAGUGGCAGAUCGCGUCUCUCUAUUCAGCCCCAAUGAGACUCUGGAGGAUGUCUCAUCCGGGGACAUACAAUACAUGCUCAUCCAUUUUCACGUUGCCGAACUGGUGCAACGCAUCAACGGGGGGGACCGCAAGGCAAAUCUACUUGGAGCCCGUCGGAGCUAUGACAAUUUCUUGAAGCUGCUCGAUUCUUAUGAUAUGCUGUCAAAAUCCGACGCCAAAUUAUACGAAAGAUACCUCGAGGCUCCCAACUCCUUUUCUACUGCUUCCACCACUGAUGCUGCGGCAAGGAGAGAAACCAAGAUUGCCCGAUUCAGGGAAGAGAAGGCAAUGAAGGCGAAACUUGAGCACCUAAGGCAGAACCCCGCGGCGUUCCAGAACGACGAAGACGCGCUGAGGCAACUGCAACUCACCAACAUUGCUCUCUCCGUACACAUGACAUUCCAAGCUCUGGAGUCACUAGCCAUGGAACUCCAGAUCUUAGCACUUGCUCCUCCGCCGGGGCAGCCAAGUGCCAGCAGCGCACUCAAGGAUGAACGUCAGCGCGGCAAACAGUCAGACGGCUACUCAGAGCGCCUCGAUCAGCCACUUUCUCGCUUGACGGCCGGUGGCAUGGCCGGUCCUAUUCUGAGCGCGGAUGGUAAGCCUUUGCGGCCGUUUACGCUUUUGGGCAACCGGCAGCGGUUCCAGGAGGGUGUUUUCCGGCCAGACCACAGCCUGCCGACCAUGAGCAUCGACGAGUACCUUGAGGAGGAAAGGAAACGCGGGGGCAUCAUCGAAGGAGGGGGCGAGCAGUCUGGCAUCCGGCCAGAGCCUAACGAGGACGACUUCGACAAGGCAGACGAAGAGACGAUGAAAGCACGCGCAUGGGACGAGUUCGUCGAGGAGAACCCCAAGGGCGCCGGCAAUACCAUGAAUAGGGGUUGAAAUAGUUUUUGAGGGCCAAUUUCUGCAGAUUGCGGACAUGGUAGUGUUCGCAAAACUCAUGAUGAGGAGCCGCGCUAUUCCCCAGCUGCUUAGGAGUAGGGUGGUACCAAUCUGUGCCAUCGCCCACUGUCUCACCAAUCCGAGGCAACGGUGCCAACCUGCCAGCGGCCAAGUCCGCAAUUAUGCGCAUAAAACCUGGCCAUCGGAAGGCUUUUCAAGAUGUGCGCAGAAAAUCAAGGUUAAAUAAACGGCUUCCAUAAUAGUCAGCGGCAAAUGACAUGCAGAUAUUCAUACCC